CUAUUCGGAGUUUACAUGGCCCUGGCCUUGGUUUGAACAAGAAAGCCGGUAUUUUCACUGCGUUGCGGAAAUCUUCGUUCUUUUAUACGUAGUAAAAUGUCAGAAAGGGAAAAGAAUGUGUUCCUGGCCAAGCUAGCCGAACAAGCUGAGCGGUAUGAAGAAAUGGCAGAAUACAUGUGGAAAGUUGCAAAGGAAGGGCCGAAGCUGUCAACUGAAGAGCGAAAUCUUCUAUCUGUUGCCUACAAGAAUGUGAUCGGAGCUAAAAGAGCUGCAUGGCGUAUAGUUUCUUCAUUGGAGGCAAAGGCAGAGGGCAAGGAGGAGAAGAACAAAGAACUGAGCAAGAAAUUUAGACUUCAAAUUGAGAAAGAGCUCAAUGAGGUCUGUGAGCAAAUUAUUUCUCUCCUGGAGGAUCCUCUUAUUCCUGAUGCUGACGACACCGAAUCCAAGGUUUUCUUUCUUAAAAUGAAGGGCGAUUACUACAGAUAUCAAGCUGAAAUAUCUGAUGAUAGUGGCCGCAAAGAGGAUGCCAGGGAAGCUUAUGCGAAAGCCGAAGAGGAAGGCAAAGGUCUUCCAUGCACAAGCCCUAUCCGACUGGGCUUGGCCUUAAACUACUCCGUAUUUCAUUAUGAGAUCCUAAGAGAUUCAGACAAAGCCUGUAAGGUGGCAAAGACAGCCUUUGAUGAUGCCAUUGGUGACCUGGAUACGUUGAGUGAAGACUCCUACAAGGAUAGUACUUUGAUAAUGCAGCUUUUGAGGGACAAUUUGACGCUGUGGACUGCUGACAUUGCUGAUGAUGAUAAAGGAGAUACCAAAGUUGAAGAUAUAGAGGGAGAUGAUAUGAAAGAGUAGCUGGCAGAGACUGACUUCAGGAGUUAUCU